UUUGUCCCAACAUGCUAAAGAACUGUCUAGAAUCUUGUUAUUUUGUAGGUUGUCCCCAGUAUGACUUUUUUCAAGGAUAUGAACUGAAUCCCCGUUUAGGCAAGAUGUUUGACUUCAAGCUCUUCUUGAUGCAUGUUGGACUGAUAGGCUGGGCUUCAGUGGAUUUGUGUCUGUUGUACCAGAGUUAUGAAGAGAUCAAGCAUCUUAACUAUCCUAUCUUUUUCACAGUUUCCUGCCACUUUAUCUUCAUCUUGCUGAACCUUUGGCAUGCGGACAUGUUUCUGACAACAGCCACUGUGAACUAUGAAGGUGUUGGGUACCUGAGAGUGCUGUCUACGUGCACGUUGGUUCCAUUUCUUUAUUCUCUUCCAGUAAUCUAUUGGUUCGAUACAGACAAGAAAUACCUCUCUACUGCCUCCUAUUAUUGUGUUCAGAAACUAGGUACCUCAAUUUGUCGUGAAGGAAGUUUGAAGUUUACGUUCUUAAAUGUUUUAUUUUUCCGAUAUCUUGUAGGAUUUGGUCAUUUUAUCCCUUUCAUUCCUGCCUUAUUGGUUGUUGCGAUAUUAGUCAUGAGAGCUGCCCGAGAGGAAUGGAAGUGCAAACAGCGGUACGGGCCAGCUUGGGAUCGUUAUACUUCGCAAGUUCGCUACAGAUUAAUUCCAUAUAUCUUCUAGUAAAAACCCCAACAUUUGUUUUAUGUCAAAUCACAUCAGUAUAAAUCCUGGAACAGGUUGACCUCGGUUUUGUACAAAGCAUUAGAGGUAGAGUUAGUUUUUCUUCAGUUUCUUGAUCAUGAAAUGAAGAUUUUUAUACACUAAACAAUGCCACUUUAAAGUGAGCACUGUUUCAUCAGGUACUUUUUUAUCAAAAAAUAAAACUAUUCACAAGUCUCAAUGUUGAGACUAAUUACUUGCCUGUCAUGAUUACCAAAGGUUAAAGAGGAAAAAAAAAGUGAUUUUUAAAUGCUCAUUUUUUUAGUUUUAAUGUCAGUUUUUUGAAUACUUGUUUAAAAAAACUGACUCAAUAUUAUAAUAUAUAUUUUAUUAAGUGUCCCUUCAGCUUAAAAAAACUGUACUUCAUUCAUCCUCUCAGAAUACUGAGGGAACUUGAUUUUUUGGGAUAUAUUUAUCUUCUAUUUUGUGGCAAGCUCAUUCAUUCUUAACAAGAAACAUAGGUGUUUUUGUUGUGUAAGAUACAACCUUUCAAGUGUUCAAAUUAUGUUUUUGCUUUUUGUUGUUACCAUUAGUAAUUUGUAAGAACAAAUUAUCUUUAAUUCUGAAACCUUUUUAUAUUUUAGACUUCACGUUUUUACCUUUUUCUUGUGUGUGUGUGUAAAAAUGUGUUGUUUAUAUUGUGUUAUAUGAACACAAAGUUUCAGUAACACUUUUGAAUAAUUUUUUUGUUUUUUACCAUUAUUGUACAUAUGGCAAUAAAGUGGAAUUUUGCAAAAUCAUUAAAUAUUUGAAAACUGUUGAACAUCUUAAAAUAUCUUGUAUAUAACAAUUGACAAAGAUUCUGUUAUUUUUUACAAAAUUAAUAAAAGCUUUUGCCUUAAAAAUUCUGGUAACUUGGUCAUCACAGUCGUUUUCAGGUUUGUUUUAAUGUGUGUUAUGAGUCACUUUCACGUUCUUUAAGUAAAGUAAAUUUUCUUUUCUCCUAGAACGUUUUUUUUUCCACAUUUAUUAAACCUUUAAUUAUUCUUGAACUUUAAUAUUGGUAAGUAACUGCUACUGUAGCAGAAAAUAUUAAGAAUGUAACAUUAAAAUCUUGCAUUGGAGAAGGUUUAAAUGUAUAAAAUGGAAUUAAAUAAAUAAUUAGUUUUAAAAAAUUAGAACCGGGUGAACUGUAGUCAUGAUUAAUUAUAUGAAUUGGGAAGAAAGGUGUUACAGUAACUGUAUACUUUUAAAUAUAUAGUUUUUUAAUAAUAUGCAUUUGGUAAAUCUUGUUGUAUAAACGUUUUAACAGUAUUGCAUAAUAAAUUAACAUGUUACACAAUGUUUUCUGGGGUAUUGUUUUCGAGUCCCAAUUAUUUUAUAAAAAUAAGCUCUACAUAUCAAUUCUAUUAUAAGCAAUUGAUGAACCUGUAAAAUUUUGACAUGAUGCAUUAGUAUUUAAGUUGUGGAAAUAAUUUGUAUUGUGUUUCUUAAAAGUUUUGAAUGAUUAGGGUUAACACUGAAUUAUCAGAUUAUCCAACAGACUUUGUGACCUUGAAAUUAUUCGAGUCAAGGUUGGAGAGAGAGAAAGGUCAACACUUAGUAAAAUUAGGUGAAGCUGAAAUAUUAACUCGCACACUGUUCCCAUUAUUGAAUGGAGAUUUUUGGUUGUUUUUUUUCUAGUAGGACCCAUUUAGUAUCCAAGGUAACAAGACAAAUUCUAAUUAGUGGCUGUUCUUGAAUAACGGGUUGUUACUUGGUAGCAUUUACAGAACACAUAAGUAACUUUCAGUAACAGGUGUAUUUUAAAUCUUACAAUACACUUUUAACCUCUGCGGAAUAGACUUUUUAAAAGUAUUUUAAAUCUUAUAAUACAGUGUUAACCUCUGCAGAAUAGACUUUUUUAAAGUAUUUUAAAUCAUAUAAUACAGUGUCAACCUCUGCAGAAUAGUCUUUUUAAAAAGGAUUUUAAAUCUUAUAAUACAGUGUUAACCCCUGCGGAAUAAACUUUUUAAAAGUAUUUUAAAUCAUACAAUACAGUGUUAACCUCUGCAGAAUAGACUUUUUAAAAAGGAUUUUAAAUCUUAUAAUACAGUGUUAACCUCUGCGGAAUAAACUUUUUAAAAGUAUUUUAAAUCUUACAAUACAGUUUUAACUCCUGCGGGAUAGACUUUUUUUAACCUUUUAAUAAAAGGUAUUUUUGUGGCAAUUCUUGAUUUUCUGGUGUCAGUAUUUGUAUGGGAAUAAUUUGUACAAUAAAUAGUGAUCUGUUCAA